GUCACUUCGUCUGGUUCUUCGCCAGUCAGUACCCUAUCUCUAACCGUAAACCUCCCCACUAAAAACCUAAACAUAACCUUCCCCUACCCUUAUUGCUACUCUGAACGCUAUAACCUAACCCGAAAUUUAAGGGGAAAAAAAUACUCCCAGAACAAAGGUAACUCUCACUGAUUGGACAACUGUUGUCACUCUGACCUCAUCUCCGUCAUGCGCACCGACAGUCAUCCUCUAUUACUUUUGUGCCAGACCACGUAUUAGCUUACUUUCAUUUACUGCCCAGAAAAAAAAAAAAAAAAACAUCGGUUAUAUAAGUCAUCAGAGCGUUCAGAGACGAUCAGUUGGUAACGCCAGGGUCUGGUGCAGACUACAAGACUCAGGACAAUGGCUCACCUGGUCAGCGCCAGCGCGUGUCGGAGGUCGCUGUGUACUGCAGCAGCCUCCCUCCUGCUCGUUGUGUCCACUUUAGUGGUUGGAGGAGUCCGCGGGAAAAGCCUGGUGCUAGUGGGAGGUGGGCUGGACGAGAUGAAUGCCGAAGUUUAUAACACUAUCGUUCUGAUGGCGGGAGGCCGAGGUCAGGCCCGUAUAGGCAUCGUGACGGCGCCCUCUGCUGACCCCGCCGACUCCUUCUCAUACUACCAGGACCUCUUCAUCAACUUCUACGGCGCCGCCUCGGUGGCCCACAUCCACGUCAGCGUCAACAACUUGUCCGCGGCCUAUGACCCUGCGCUGGUGGCUGUGGUGCGCACGAUGACCGGAUUCUUCUUCAGCGGCGGGGAUCAGUCCCGGGUCGUGCAGUCGAUGUAUACGGCUGACCGUCGGGAGACACCUGUGCUAACCGCCAUCAGGGAGCGGUACGAGGCGGGGGCCGUGGCGUCCGGCUCCAGCGCUGGUGCUGCCUGCAUGCCGUCUGCCGUCAUGGUAACGGGUGGUGUCAGUUGGGAAGGCCUGCGCUGGGGUUCCCUGACAAGCUCCCACCAAUCUUCUGACCUGACCUACAAUCCUCAGGGUGGCAUCGGCUUCCUGGAUGGCUACGUCAUUGACACGCACUUCGCAGACCGCGGCAGAGAGGGGCGGCUAAUUCGGUUGCUAAGCGACACUCGGGGGGAGAGCAAGGGUACCGGAUGGGGGUUCGGAGUGGAUGAAGACACGGCGUUAGCCAUCACCAACGUCGGCACCACGGCUGCGGUCGCUAAGGUCAUAGGCACCGGGGGCGUGACCUUCAUUGACGUCACCGGCUCCAGGGAGGACACCGCCCAGCGUUACUUCACCAUCCGUGACGUGUACGUGACGUACCUGACCCACGGCGACGAGUACAACCUCAGCACGCACCAGGUGACGUUCGCCAUCGACAAGAUCCCGCUACGGGGCAACGAACAGUACUCCCUGGCCUUGUCUUCAGACGACAUCUUCUACGGCCGCCGCACGGCGACGACGAAGCCCGAGUUCGUGCGCGCGGCGACCAGCAUCUUCGACUCCCGCGCCGAGACGUCGACGUACGGCACGACGUACGAACGUAACCCACGUUUCCAGGUGGACAUGGCCAUGAUCACCGGCAGGUCCGAGGGCUACGUGAAGCGGAUGUCGGGCUUCCAUUCUGACCUGCACUCCUACAAGGACAUGAGAGUGAAUAUAGCAGCGAUCUAGACAAAAAUUGGAAGGUGUGUCGCCAGGGGGGAGGUGGGGAGGUUGAGGUGAGGGAACGGAGAACACAUUUCAUCAGAUGUUGUUGAUCCUUUGAUGUGAUUUCUCGACUUGCUUUUCCUCUGGUGUUGCCGAAACAAGUUUAAUGUUUU